AUUUGUACGAUUUUGAUUGGUUUAUUUAUAACUCUAGUCGUUUUAUUUAUAAUAGAUCGGGCCCGGUUUUAUUAAUAUUCGUCUUGUUUUUAAACCGGAGGAUUUUAUUCGUCUGGUCGAGACGGGUUCUGCGCAUUUGUCAAAGCGUUGAGGGUUUUUUUUUUUUUUUUUUUUUUUAAGUCGACUGUUAUGCGCUCUCGAGUGUACCGAAAACGCCCCCGAUCUCCUCUACCCAGACCGAUUUGCCUUUCGGUUCGGAUGUAGACCUGCGGAAGGAAUUAGUUUCGCAUCGGACGUCCCAUUCCGUGACCCCAGGAUCAUGUGCUUCGAGGUGUUUUAAUCCGAUUUUCAACUUGUUUCGACGAGAAUCAGAAGCCAGCCGCCCUUGGCGUGAGCCGAAUGUAGCCACUGACGAUUCGGGGGAAAAAAUAGAUUUUUCUGGAAACGCACGGAAUAUCCUGAAGAAACUCGCAAGAUGACGAUGGCAAUGUUCCAAGCUCAGCUGAACACUAUGGUCAUGUGGUUCGACCAAUGGAACGAAAGUGGUCAGACUGUAGCUUUGUUCAAGAUGCUUACCCGACUUGCGCCAACCCAGGCGAGAUUUGUCUCUAUCGCUCUGGAGCACAGCUUGACUGAAUGCGCAGAGCUUGCCUUGCGAGAACAAGAAGCUAACAAUCCAGGGUUUGUCGGGAGUCUAAUGGGAGAGCGCAAAGAAGUAGCCAUGGCUCAGACUCUGGUGCACCUCCCUCUCCUCCGGCCUGGAAAUUCAGAAGCUCGCCUUGUCUACCUUGCCCUUGUUCCUGCACUUCUUGGUUACUCAAUGGAGACAGGAACACUUGUAGAGGAGGCAAGGCAGCUCCUCUCUUACGUACUGAUUCAUCCUGCUCUCCGAGAUGACAGAAGAAUAUUUGAACCAUGGAGAAGGACAUUAGGCGAAAAAAUUAUGGGCGGCAAUAAAACUCCUAUUGCUUGUGAUUCACUUCAAAAGACUAGACGGAGUAACAGUCUUACUCCUCCAUUUGCCCUUACCCCUAACACAGAAUGGUCCUCACAGGAUGACCUAUCAAUGAGCGGAGGUGUGAAAGCUAGGAGAUUUUCCCUUUCCUCCGAACAGAUUGUCGGCCCCCCAUUAUCCCCACAGUCCUCACAGGCAUCGUCUGGUAGCGGCUCAGAAACUCACCUCGACCUCGCUUAUGACUCACCUGAAAUGAGGGAUGUUAAAAAUUGGCUCAAAUCUCUGAGACUGCACAAGUACUGGCAUCUAUUUUGUCAAUUAAAUUAUGAACAGAUACUUUCGCUCACUGAAGAAAAUUUUGAUUCAAUUCUCGAAUCGAUCGGCGGAGGCUCAGUGACUCAAGGUGCGAGAAGGAAAAUCAUACUCAGUAUUGUUAAGCUACGCGAAAGGUCUAAUUUCCUCACAUCUCUGGAGCAAGAAGUCAUGAAUGGUGCUCAUUUAUUAACGGCAAUGGAUGAAUUGAAACAAAUUUUAGUUACGCCAAUAAAGGUCUAUCACGAAGAAGAACAUCCUUCCUAUGAUGACAUACCUUCACAAUUUACUAGAGUCUUGGGAAAAAUUUGUACACAGCUGAUGGUCGGUGGACGAUGGUGUACUAAUGGUAGUGAGAGCGAUGAACACACAGCAUGGAUGUUCCUAGGACUUCUCGAAUCGACCCUGCAUCAUGAUGCUUUUACACCACAGCAAAAAAAGAAAAUAAGUUCUUGGUGUUUACAAGUUAGCCAGCAUGUUAGACGUUUGCAAGAGACAUCAAAGCUUUGUGCAAAACCUAUUCAAACCCCUCCUCUCUCAGUCUCUCCAAAACCUCAGGUUUCACCCAUAUUGUCACAGGUUAGCCAGAAGAAUCAGAUCAAUGUACAGGGUGAAUUUGUUACCAGUGUCAAUACUCAGAGUGAAGUUCCAGGAGGAACGGAAACAGAAAUUGACUCGCGCCUCCAGAGCCUUUGCCUUAGCAUGACAGAGCAUGCUCUAGAAGGCUCAUCAUAAAUAGAUUAAUUGAAAAUUAUAACAAUUUUCACACAUUUUGUAGGAAUAGAUCAAUCGGAAAUGGUGUAUUUGCACAUUUUGAGCGACAAGGAAAUGUUAGACUGUUCAAAUGUGAUUAUUUUUGCCCCAUUUAUAUUUUUAAAGUUACCAAUUAAAAAAAAAAUGUAUAUUAUUAUUAUAUUACAUACAUAUCACAAGUUUCAUUACUUUAUUAGUAUUAUGUUUUUAAAUAAUAUAGAAUUAUUGCUUGUCUUCCUGCAAGAAAAUUAAUUAGAGUAAAAUAGUGUCAUAUGUGCAAAUACAUGAUUUUAAAAUGUUUUUGUUAAAAAAAGGUUGUAUUUAAAAAAAAUGUAGUCUGAUGUUUUAUGUGGUUGUUUACAUCCUUUAAUCAGAAUAUUGUACAAAAUAGACCUUCAUCAUUGAGGCAAAAGGGCAAAUAGGGUUGUUUUAAAAAUACACUUAUUAAGGUGACCCUUUUCUAUCAGGCAAAAUUUUUAGACAGAUUACAACCCUAACACCUUCCCAAUUUUUUUAAAAUUAUUUUAAACUAACGCUUUAUAAAGCGUUAAACUAAUUGAUUUAUUUGACCUUCUGUUAUGACUAUGGCUUUUGAACAAAAGCAAGAUUCAUUGUUAAAACAGUUUCAUAAUUAACAGAAUUCGUGAUAAGUGAAUUGAAGGGGCCUUAUACAUAGUUAUGGAAAAAAGGUGAACUACUUAAAAAAAAAAAAAAGUGU